GAGGCGAGGGAGGUGUGCAACAAUUUCCUGUAGUUGCAUGCUGAUCUGCGCCUGUGAACCUUCCUCUCUGAGUCUGUUUCUGUCAGAGUGAAGAGCACAGACGAAGCAGAGCGGAACAGGAUGCAGGCUAUCAAAUGUGUGGUCGUUGGAGAUGGAGCUGUGGGAAAAACAUGUCUCCUCAUCAGCUACACCACCAAUGCCUUCCCCGGGGAGUACAUUCCUACUGUAUUUGACAACUACUCAGCUAACGUGAUGGUGGACAGCAAGCCAGUCAACCUGGGCCUCUGGGAUACAGCUGGACAGGAAGACUACGACAGGCUCCGCCCACUGUCCUACCCACAGACGGAUGUUUUCCUGAUCUGUUUCUCCCUGGUGAGCCCAGCAUCCUAUGAGAACGUCAGAGCCAAGUGGUACCCCGAGGUUCGUCACCACUGCCCCUCCACGCCCAUCAUCCUGGUAGGCACCAAGCUGGAUCUGAGGGACGAGAAGGAUACCAUUGAGAAGCUGAAGGAAAAGAAGCUGGCACCAAUCACGUACCCUCAGGGCCUGGCUCUGGCUAAGGAGAUAGAUGCAGUGAAGUACCUGGAGUGCUCUGCCUUGACUCAGCGUGGUCUGAAGACUGUAUUUGAUGAAGCCAUCCGGGCAGUGCUCUGCCCUCAGCCCACCAAGGUCAAGAAGAAGCCAUGCUCCCUGCUGUAAAUGGUUGUUGCGGAGAGGAGAGAGAAAACGAUUCAGACGGCUGACCCCCGAGUUUACAGAAGACGAUUUGAAAGUUCUGUUAGGUUUCUAACAGGCAACAACGACAAGAUUCAAAUAAAUAAUAAAGAUAGUACUUUUGCAGUUGUAAUGAAACAGUACAGUAGCAUGUACAGCAUACUCUGUGACUAUAAGUGUUAAGAUAAGGUAAGUGCAUUAUAGACAGUGAACAAGGCCUGUUUUUCUCUAUAUCACUAAAUGUGGAUGCAACAGGAUGUUGAUUCACCCUAUUAGAUCAAAUGUAAGACCAGAAGCAGCCUUCAGCCAAUGUACCAAAAUUCCUGCACACCAGACUACAUUCAGUCACCUUUCAGGUCCAACAGUAUAUACAGGUGUCUUGUGCAGCUUCAAAUAAUGAAAAUAUUUGUUACGAGUGCAAAUAAAGUGUUGCAAUAAGGUUACCCUAUAAUGUCUUGUGUGUGAGAGUGAGGAACAAUGAAAACAGGAUGAUCAUUUUUGUAUGAGCAGGGAGCUGAACAAUAUUGUAUUUGAACAAGAAAAUGUUAUUAAAAAAUGUAUUUUUUUGUUGUGAUAUUAAAAUAAAAGACAUUUGAUCAAAUGAAA